AUGGAAAGGAACCUUAAGAAUGUUUUGGUCAUUUCUUUUGGAUUUUUCUUUCUCUUUACUGCUUAUGGAGGACUCCAGAGUCUACAGAGCAGUCUCAACUCAGAAGAAGGCCUGGGAGUCGCUUCCCUAAGCGUUCUGUAUGCUGCACUUAUCUUAUCCUCCAUGUUCCUCCCUCCAAUCCUCAUCAAGAAGCUGGGCUGCAAGUGGACCAUUGCCAUCUCUAUGUGCUGCUACAUUGCCUUCUCCUUGGGGAACUUCUAUGCUAGCUGGUACACACUAAUCCCUACCUCUGUGAUCCUGGGCUUAGGAGGAGCACCACUCUGGUCUGCCAAAUGCACUUACCUCACCAUUGCUGGCACUUCGUAUGCUGAGAAAGCAGGAAAAAAUGCAGAAGACAUUAUCAACCAAUACUUUGGGGUCUUCUUUCUGGUGUUUCAGUCUUCUGGCAUCUGUGGAAAUCUUAUCUCAUCCUUGAUAUUGAGCCAAUCUUCCACCAAUGUGAGUAUCUCAGAAGAAGACCUGGAAUGCUGUGGAGCAUACAACUGCCUGACUGAUACCACUAACACCACUGACUCAGUGAAGCCCUCCAAUUCCUUAAUCUACACACUGCUAGGGGUCUAUACUGCUAGUGGUGUGCUAGCUGUGUUGCUGGUUAUUAUAUUUCUGGACCAGAUCAAAUCUGACCAAGCAGAGACUGAGAAAGAAAAACUAGACGCACCAUCCUUUUGGUCUACGUUCCUAGCAACUUUCCGGCAUCUUAAAGAUAAAAGACAGUGUCUUCUAAUCCCUCUGACAAUGUACAGUGGGUUUGAACAGGGAUUUCUUUCUGGUGACUACACAAAGACAUAUGUGACCUGUGCCCUGGGGAUACAGUACGUUGGCUUUGUGAUGAUCUGCUUUGCAGCUGUAAAUUCCCUCUGCUCUCUGCUCUUUGGAAAGAUCUCCCAGUUCACGGGUAGAAAAUUUCUGUUUGCAUUAGCCACAGUUGCGAACACAGCCUCUAUAAUAGCAUUACUGCUGUGGAAGCCUCAUCCCAAGCAGUUUGCUGUGUUUUUUGUGUUCCCUGCUCUCUGGGGCCUAGCUGAUGCUGUUUGGCAAACACAAACUAAUGGACUCUAUGGCAUUUUAUUUGAGAAACACAAGGAGGCUGCCUUUGCAAAUUACCGUCUCUGGGAAUCACUUGGAUUUGUCAUCGCCUAUGGUUACAGCACCAAAUUGCAAGCCUACAUCAAACUGUACAUUUUACUGUCUGUGCUUGUGCUGUCCAUGGUGACGUACGGAGCAGUGGAAUACCUUGAGGCAAGGAGCUCCCCUGGGACACCUACUGCUACAAAGAAGGAAAACGGAGGAGCCCACUCCCAGGAAACAUCCAUGUAA